AAUCCCUCUGCGCUUCUAUUCUCCCUCCAUUCAAAAUCACGAAUAGUUUCUCUCUCGCUAUGGCACUUCCGAAUCAACAGCCAGUGGAUUACCCAAACUUCAAGCUUGUCGUCGUGGGCGAUGGCGGUACAGGGAAAACGACGUUUGUUAAACGCCAUCUUACUGGAGAAUUCGAGAAGAAAUAUGAGCCUACAAUUGGUGUAGAGGUAUAUCCAUUGGACUUCUUUACAAACUGCGGCAAAAUAAGGUUCUACUAUUGGGAUACUGCUGGGCAAGAGAAGUUUGGAGGACUUCGAGAUAAUUACUAUAUUCAUGGGAAUUGUGCUAUCAUAAUGUUUGAUGUAACAGGACGCCUUACCUACAAAAAUGUUCCAACAUGGCAUCGGGAUAUCUGCAGGGUGUGCGAGGAUAUUCCAAUUGUACUGUGCGGAAAUAAGAUAGAUCUCAAGAACAGGCAGGUGAAAGAGAAGCAGGUUACAUUCCACCGGAAAAAGAAUCUUCAGUACUAUGAGAUUUCAGCGAAGAGCAACUACAACUUUGAGAAGCCAUUCCUGUAUCUUGCUAGAAAACUUGCAGGGGAUUCUAAUCUUCAUUUUGUUGAGUCACCUGCUCUUGCUCCUCCUGAAGUUCAACUAAAGCAUGAAUCGGAACUAAAUAAUGCACGGAAUCGGCCACUUCCCGAUGACUAGGACGAUGAUGAUUUCAUUGGUUAGAUCGAGUUUCCUAUUCAAUUUUAGGGAAACUGGUUGCAGAUAUCAAUCUGAUUAGGUUCCAAAUGUCUAGAUCACACGGAGUUCAGAUUUCUACUUUGGUUCUCUCAUUCAUCUGUGAUCUUGCAAUUUCUUAGCUCUAAGAGAGGCACAAAAUAUUUGUUUUUUGUUUCUGUUUUUGUUUUUUAAACACUAUUUUCCUAAUAAAUUGCUGCUCAUGCAUUGGAAGAACUUGCUCUUUACAGCAGAAUUUUAAUAGAAAAUUGAGACAAUAUACACAAAAUAAAUAAACUUUCAUUCAAAAGUUUUCCAAACGGUGCAACAUACAGCACAUCAAGAUUGUUAUAGAGAAACUAACCCUCAAUUGUUACAGACACAAGGGCAGUGAAUAAAAAGUAAAAACAUACAGUGUAUCCAAGUAGUAUUUAUUACU